ACAGACGUAUGCUCUCGUUGGGCGCUACACGACGCCCCCAACCUCUGGCAUUGUUUCGGGGACGCGACGCAAAAUCAGAGACCAACGCAACUCACAUUACGUUCUCGAAGGACGGCACCACGCUGCUCGCCAAUUACUCUUGCAACCACGUCUACACGUACGAUAUCUUUGACACCGAGUCGAGGCAACAGUCCAAGCAGCUCGUGAUGCCUUUGCGAAACUCCAACCCUGAGACACUGCACAACCGAACAACAGCUCAUCACGCAGCAGCGUUGAACGAGACCCCAGACCAACCAGUGCCCACAUCACCGGCAUACACCCGACUGCAGCUUACUGCCGCCAGCAAGGCCGCUUCGGAAGGACUCGACCUGCUGCAGUCCCACGAGCUGCCCUCCGUCGCAAUUUAUCACUUUUCUGCUGCUAUCGCUCAAACUCCGAGAAAUCCAGACUUGUUCAAGUGGCGUGCAGGCGCAUUUGAAGCUCGCAAUUGGCUGGGCGACCAGAUGGCUGCUUUGCGCGACAUUGCCCAAGCACUGGCACGCGCCCCCGACGACGCGGACAUGCUGUUGGCGCAAAUCCGCUUGCUGCGCCGGCUCAAGCUCACCGACGUGGCGGCGGCUGCAGCAGACCGCGUCCGCCAAUCACACCCUGACCUAUCGAGCGAGAUUGACAAAAUUUUAAAGCCAUUUUCGGGCACGUCAGGGCAUGGUCGAGUCAGUGAUGAUGAUGGUGAUGGCGAUGACAGUAACGACCGAGAGGAGGACGAUGGAGAGGAAGACGAAUCAGUGGAUGAUGGUCCCGAACGCCUCAAUCCCUUCUACGAACCCCGUCGGGAAAGACGAGCACUCCGAGGACGGCAGAGACGCUGGACCGACGACGAGGGCAAUGAUGACAACAACGACAGCAAUGACGACGACGAGCACGACGACGACGACGACGACGACGACGACGACGACGGCGACUCGGAUGAAACUGCGGACGUGACCUAUCCAUACGCCGAACGGUUUGUGGGAAGUAUCAACUGCCAAACAGAUAUCAAGGAAGCCAACUUUUUUGGCGAAAACGACGAGUAUAUUGUUGCCGGCAGCGACGACGGCAACAUUUACGUCUGGGAACGUCGAACCGGAAAUCUGGCGCUUGUCCUGCAUGGCGACCGUCAGAUUGUCAAUUGUGUGCAGCCGCAUCCGACAGAGUGUCUUUUGGCGACGAGUGGCAUUGAAGACAGUGUCGCACUGUGGGCGCCGCGUGCGGCCGAAGGAUGCGACACGCUGGAUGAUCCGGCUAUUUUCCGCGCCCAAAACCGGCGGCGGCAAGAUGCUGCAGCCAUUCCUGCCAGUGGGCGAAUGCUUGUUCUUCCCGAGCAUCUCUCAGAGUUGGACACUCUACUGGAAGCAAACCACAACCAAGUCAAGGACGCCAUCGACAUGCCCUUGAACCGCCUGCCGGCUCGCUCCCUAUCGCUUCUACUGCAGUUUGCACGCACUCUCCGCAAUUCUGAUGAGGCAGCAGCUGACGAGAAUGCUGCUGUUGCGCCUGACUGUGUUACGUCGUAACCUGUGUGUCGGUUGCACGUCAUUGGAAGAAUUGAACUGCAUUGAAAAAACAACCAACCAGA